UCAGGCCAACAGAACUGAGAUCAUAACUUCUUCUGAAAAUAGUCUCCCCAGGAACUUUCCACUGAAGCCAAACAGUUAAAGCAAAACCUAUAGAUGCGGCCAAGUUCAGGGAAGAAUGUGACUUGCUUCCUUCUAUAAAAGGAGACCACUGGGUAAAAUGUGUUUCUAGAUUAUGUGCUUCACGUUUCAAAGGACACAGAGCUUUCACACGCCUGCAGUGUAAACAUUUUGUUCUGAAUGCAACAACCAUAGGACAGGGGGAGGAUCAGAGGCAACAUGAAUAAGAGAGAGAGAAGUGUGUGUCAACAAACUGCUGCCUUAUUAUGCAAGAAUUUGCUUAAAAAAUGGAGAAUGAAAAGGGAGUCCUUAAUGGAAUGGUUGAGCUCAUUGCUCCUACUGCUUUCUUUGUACCUAUAUCCUACUACUCAUGAAGUCACUGAUUUCUCUUCACUGCCUACCAUGGACCUGGGACGGGUAGAUUCAUUUAAACUAUCUACUACACUUAUGAUUGUAUACACACCUCUCACCAAUAUAACCCAACAGAUAAUGAAAAAAGUUGCCUUGGCCUCCUUGAUAAAUGAGACAGACAUCUUGGGACUGUCUGAUGGAGAAAGUAUUGAAGAAGUAAUGGCAAAAUUUCCUAUGGGAGCAGUAGGAGUCAUCUUUACUAAUACAUUCUCAUAUAAUUUGAAAUUCUCGAAGGAAGAAUCAAUUUCAAAAAGGAAAGAACACAGAGACCAUACAGCUCAUUGUUAUAAAAUAUAUUGGGAAGAUAUUGACUGUGGAGUUACAACAUCCUGGAAGAAAGGCUUUGUGGCUCUUCAAGCUGCCAUUAAUGCUGCUAUUAUAGAAAUCACAACAAAUCACUCGGUGAUGGAGGAAUUGAUGUCAGUUACUGGAAAAAAUAUGAAGAUUCAUCCCUUCGUGAGUCAAAAAGGGAUAUUCAUGGAUAUCUACCUUUUCUUCUUCCUUAUUUCCUUUUCCCCAUUCAUUUAUUAUGUCUCUGUUAAUGUUACAAGAGAGAGGAAAAGGAUGAAGGGUUUGAUGACAAUGAUGGGUCUUCGACAUUCAGCAUUCUGGCUCUCCUGGGGUUUGCUCUAUGCUGGUUUCAUCUUCAUCGCUUCCCUUUUAUUGGUGCUUAUUAUAAAAUCUAUCAAAUUUGUCAUUUGGACUGGCUUCAUGGUGGUCUUCACUCUCUUUUUCCUCUAUGGAUUGUCUUUGAUAGCUUUGGCUUUUCUAAUGAGCGUCUUGAUAAAGAAACGAUUCCUCACUGGCCUGGUCGUGUCCCUUCUCACUGUCUUUUGGGGGAGUCUAGGAUUCACGGUCUUGUACAGGCAUCUUCCUGCAUCCUUGGAGUGGAUAUUGGGUUUUCUCAGCCCCUUUGCCUUCAUGCUUGGAAUGACCCAGGUGAGAAGCCAUCUAAUUACUUAUUUGACCCAGAAUUUGUCUCCUGGCCAUAUAGAUGAAUAUGAACACCAAUACUCACCCUUGUUUUUCCUGAAGUCCUCAUUUUGGUCACGACAACGUAAUGCUGAUCAUGUGGCCCUUGAAGAUGAAAUAUAUUCUGAUCCUUCAUCUAAUGACUCUUUUGAACCAGUGUCUCCAGAAUUCCAUGGGAAAGAAGCCAUCAGAAUCAGAAAUGUUACAAAAGAAUAUAAAGGAAAGCCUGAUAAAAUAGAAGCUUUGAAAGAUCUGGCAUUUGACAUAUAUGAAGGCCAAAUCACUGCAAUACUUGGUCACAGUGGAGCUGGAAAAUCAACACUAUUGAACAUUCUUAGUGGGUUAUCUGUUCCCACCAAAGGUUCUGUCACCGUGUAUAGUAAUAAACUUUCAGAAAUGGCUGACCUAGAAAAUAUCAGCAAGCUCACUGGAGUUUGCCCACAGUACAAUGUGCAAUUUGACUACCUCACUGUAAGAGAAAAUCUCAGACUCUUUGCUAAAAUAAAAGGGAUUCCACCACAGGAAGUGGAACAAGAGAUACAAAGAGUUGUGCUGGAGUUGCAAAUGGACAGUAUUGAAGACGUCCUUGCUCAAAACUUAAGUGGUGGACAGAAAAGAAAACUCACUUUUGGGAUUGCCAUUUUAGGAGAUCCUCAGAUUUUCCUAUUGGAUGAACCAACUGCUGGGUUGGAUCCCUUUUCAAGGCAUCAAGUGUGGAACUUGCUGAAGGAGCGGAAAAUGGACCGUGUGAUCGUGUUCAGUACCCAGUUCAUGGAUGAGGCUGAUAUCCUGGCUGACAGGAAAGUGUUUCUCUCCAAAGGGAAGCUGAAGUGUGCAGGCUCAAGUCUGUUUCUAAAGAAGAAAUGGGGGAUUGGGUAUCACUUAAGUUUGCAGUUGAAUGAAAUGUGUGUUCAAGAAAAAAUAACAUCCAUUGUUACAAAGCACAUCCCUGAUGCCAAAUUAUCAGCAAAAAGUGAAGGAAAACUUGUCUAUACAUUGCCCUUGGAAAGAACAAAUAAAUUUCCAGAACUUUAUGAGAAUCUUGAUCUCUGUCCUGACCUGGGAAUUGAGAAUUAUGGUGUUUCCAUGACAACCUUGAAUGAGGUGUUCCUGAAACUAGAAGGAAAAGCAACUAUUGAUGAACCAGGUAUUGCCACAUCUGGGGAAGGACAAGCAGAAGGAGCUGGAGACACAGAAAGACUUGUUGAGAUGGAACAAGUUCUCUCUUCACUUAGUGAGAUGAAAGAAACAGUAGGUGGCAUGGCUCUGUGGAGACAGCAAAUCUGUGCAAUUGCAAGGGUCCGCUUAUUAAAGCUAAAGCAUGAAAGAAAAUCUCUUUUAUCACUGCUAUUGAUUCUAGGAAUUGGAUUUAUUCCUAAUCUGUUGGACUACAUCAUCUCGAAAAUAUAUGUUGGCAGUUACACAUGGGAACUUUCUCCCCAUUUAUACUUCCUUGCUCCUGGACAACCACCACAUGAUCCUCUCACUCAAUUAUUAAUCAUCAAUAAUACAGGGGCAAGCAUUGAUGACUUUAUACAUUCCGUGGAGCUUCAGAACAUAGCUUUGGAAGUGGAUGCAUCUGGAAAUAGAAAUGGCAUAGACGAUCCAUCUUAUAAUGGAGCCAUUAUAGUGUCUGGUCACGACAAGAAUUACACAUUUUCAUUAGCAUGCAAUACCAAGAGACUGAAUUGCUUCCCAGUUCUUAUGGAUAUUGUUAGUAAUGGGCUGCUUAGAAUGGUUAAACCAUCAGCACGUAUCCAAACUGGAAAAAGUACGUCUUCGCAGGUACUGGAUAAUCCAUUUGGAUUCAUAAUGCCUUCCUUGCUCUGCCUGUUUUUGUCAUCCAGUUGUGCUCCUUACAUUGCCAUGAGCAGCAUCGAUGAUUAUAAGAACAAAGUGUGGUCCCAGCUUCGGAUCUCCGGGCUCUUCCCUUCCGCUUACUGGUUUGGGCAGGCGUUGGUGGACGUCCCACUAUACUGGCUGAUGUUCCUUCUAAUGUAUUUGCUGGAUAUCAUUUUAAGCCCCAGAUAUUCUAUAUUUACAUUUUUAGAUCCAGCUAUGCAUAUCCCAUGUGUUAUUGGUGCUGCCACAUCCCUUAUUUUCUUUACGUAUGUAAUUUCGUUCAUUUUUCGCAAGGGGAGAAAAAAUAGUGGCAUUUGGUCUUUGGUCUACUUUGUUAUCACCCUUUUCUGUGUGGCCAUAAUUAUGGUGGGAUUCCCUGGAUAUAGUUUACUGUUUUUCAUCAACUUUUUAGUACCACACACCACAAUAGUUGGCUGUAUGCUCUUAUCUUUUUAUUUUUUCAUGUUUUCUGAAAAUGAUGAAGAGCCCCUUGUGAUAUUCCUAAUUACUUUCCUUCAACUUAUCGUCUUGAUUUUUAUUCUUCGAUGUCUGGAAUGGAAGUUUGGAAAGAUAUCAAUGAGAAAGGAUCCUUUAUUUCGAAUUUCUCCAAGAAGCAGUGAUGUACACCAAAAUCCAGAGGAGCCCGAGAGGGAGGAUGAAGAUGUUGAGAUGGAAAGAGUGAGAACAGCAAAUGCCUUGAAUUCCACAAACUUUGAUGAGAAACCAGCCAUUAUUGCCAGCUGUCUACGCAAGGAGUACACAGUGAAGAGGAAACACUGCUUUUCCAAGAAGAAGAAGAAAAUCGCCACAAGGAAUGUCUCUUUCUGCGUCAGAAAAGGUGAGGUUUUAGGAUUACUAGGACACAAUGGAGCUGGUAAAAGUACAUCCAUUAAAGUGAUAAUUGGAGACACCAAACUAACUGCUGGACAGGUGCUACUAAAAGGCAGCAGCGAAGGGGACCCUCUGGGGUUCCUGGGGUACUGUCCUCAGGAGAAGGGGCUGUGGCCCAACCUGACAAUGAGGGAGCACCUGGACGUGUUCGCUGCGGUGAAAGGGCUGAGGAAAGCAGAUGCCACGGUCACCAUCACACGGUACAAGGGGGGAAGGGGCGGGGGGGCGGUCAGGGCCAGCUUUAACAACACCGAGAGGGGCGCCCUCCUGACCACCCAUUACAUGGCCGAGGCAGAGGCCGUGUGUGACCGUGUGGCCAUCAUGGUGUCCGGGAGGCUGAGAUGUAUCGGUUCCAUCCAGCACCUGAAGAGCAGAUUUGGCAAGAAUUACCUGCUGGCAAUGAAGGUGAAGACCCUCGCCCACGUGGAGCCCCUGCACAGCGAAAUCCUGAGGCUUUUCCCCCAGGCUGCUCGGCAGGAAAGACUUUCUAAAGUAGACUAUGGUGUUCCAGUGAAAAAGGAGAUGAUUGCAAAAACUCGUUGUGGGGGAGAGGGCGGGGUUCUGGAUGUCAUUGUGCAUGCUUCCCAUGCAUAUCUUUUCUUUCCAUUCAGGCAGGCGGUCAGGGCCAGCUUUAACAACACCGAGAGGGGCGCCCUCCUGACCACUCAUUACAUGGCCGAGGCAGAGGCCGUGUGUGACCGUGUGGCCAUCAUGGUGUCCGGGAGGCUGAGAUGUAUCGGUUCCAUCCAGCACCUGAAGAGCAAAUUUGGCAAGGAUUACCUGCUGGAGAUGAAGGUGAAGACCCUCGCCCACGUGGAGCCCCUGCACAGCGAAAUCCUGAGGCUUUUCCCCCAGGCUGCUCGGCAGGAAAGGUACUCGUCUCUCAUGGUCUACAAGUUGCCGAUGGAAGAUGUGCGACCUUUAGCCCAAGCUUUCUUCAAAUUAGAGAGGGUUAAACAGAGCUUCGACCUGGAGGAGUACAGCUUGUCACAGUCCACCCUGGAGCAGGUCUUCCUGGAGCUCUCCAAGGAGCAGGAGUUGGAGAAUUUUGUUGAUGAGCUUCAACCCUCCAUGAAGCGGAAGCUCCUCCCACAGGAAGAGGCGUGAAGCCCAAAUACUCUAUGUUUCCAUUCAAGCCUGUGAUUGUUUUUUAAGACAUUUAUUUUGAUAGCAUCAGUGUUUGUAUUUAGAACCUAUAUUGUGAACACUGACAUGGUUUUUGGUGUGGUGAAGAGGAGAAGUGAGUGCUGGGCAAAUGCAGUGACAACAGGGACAGAGGCACCCGACUGAGCCCACCUCCCAGUCCCAGCCUACCUGUGUCUGCAGGUCACCCUGCUCCCAUUUUUCUGUCUAAUGCUGAAUAAAUAAAUUUACAUUUCUGAAUAUGAUAUACAAAUUUUAUUUAAUUUUUUUAUCAAAAACUUAAAAUCCUUUUUUUGCUACCCUAAACAGAGAAAUCCAUAUAUUUACUCUUCAGCAAGUGUGGUACUUUACAAAGCUGAUAUUUUAAUAAUAAUUUAAGUGAGCAUGUCAAAAAGUAUUAUACUUAUUGAAAAAUAUUUUAAUAUAUAUUUUAUGGCUAAAAAUAUGAAAACCUCAUUCAUUGGUCAUAAAAUCUGAUAUCAAUAUAUUUUAUAACAUUUCCACAGGUAACACUAUCAGUCAUACAGAUCUGGAAAACUGAAAACUUGCUAUUAGGAAUGUAUUAUACUUCUUUAUUUUUAUAAACCAACAGAGUCCUAUUUUCACUGUAUUUUUAAAUCUUUGCUAAAAAUGCUUGUAUUAUAACAUCUUUUAUGGACAUCUGCCACUUCAGCUCUGAAAGUUGAUAAAUGUAAUGGGUCCAAUGACCAAGUUGGACGAAAAUAUAAAAUAAAUCUGUUAUAUGUAGUUU